ACUGUAGGCAGGCUGCCGCUAUGUAAGCCUUUAUGUAUCCGCCAUGAAUUCCCUAUGGAGCUGCAGCUUUGCGCUCUUUUGUUGUUGCGUGGUUUUGGGGACUUGCAGCCUCGCUACCGAGAGCCCUAAGGAGACUGCCCGCACCGAACCAACUGAGACCCAGGCCUGGGACAGUACGGGGGGUCCUCUGCUUCCUGACCAUGUGACAGACAACCAGACCUCUGAGGGCAAAGCGGAGUCUCACUAUAAUGAUAGCGAUACCUUACCUGUGGCUACAAAUACACCUGAGCCUCUGAGCCCAACCAAGAUUAACAGGGUGGUUUGUGUUUGUGACCUGCUGGUUGCCCACUGUGAUGACAACUGUUGCUGCGAUCCUGACUGCAAUGCUGCAGAUAUUCGUGGAUGCCUGGCCAAUGAAAUGCCUGCAGAGACAGCCUAUACAGAACCACCUGAAAUCCAGGUGUUGGAGGGUGCAGAGGAAGACGUCCCACCUGAAAACAACACAGACCAUAGAGGAGUUGAGGAUUCAGAAGUCAUUGAUAUUGGAGUCAUAGCUUCUCCAGGGGAUGAGUUAACAAGAAGCUUUGGUUCUGCUGACCAACCUGGUGCUCGAGUUCUUCCCUCUCCAGUCACCAACAUUGCCAGUCUGUGUGUUUGCGACCUGCUUGUGGGCCAGUGUGAUGUCAACUGUUGCUGUGACCCUGACUGCAGUACCUCUGACUUCAGUUUAUUUUCUGGAUGUUCCAUUCCUGUUGUCACAGUAGACAGUCAGUUAUGUACACAAGAAACUGUACAGUACUCGAUCAAUGCCUCGAAAAGAGUUGUCAACACAGUCGAGCAGAUUAAUCCAAGCAUUUUCUGCAUCCAAGCAACCAAUUAUCCUCCAGCCUUAUCCUACAUUACUCCUGAGGUUCCAACAGCGAGUAACUUUGAUAGUUUGCUGGCACUAUAUGGUGGGGUAUCAUUUAGCACAACAAACAGUGUUCAGAAUGCAUUUGUUCCCUCUGCCACAAGAUAUGAGUAUGGGUCUCCUCUCUUAACUGCCAGUGCGUACCUAUCCCUUCCUGCUCCACUUGGUACUAAAGAAUGUACAGAUCGUAACCCUGUGGGUUUCCUAGUAAGCCAGGAUUCUACGUGUACUUGGAACGUAUCACUAAACAAUUGUUCAGUGCCUGCAUUGACUCUUGCCACUUACACAGAUGUGAGGAUUAUAGCUACACCAAAUUCUGGAAACCAGAUUAAUAUAACAGUACAGUCUAUAAUGAAGAAGUCUCUCGAUGGGAUCUUUAUCCCAAGUGUCAUAGAUCAUUAUGUUCCUGUUUUGGACAAUACAACAGAGCUUUGUAAAGAUGUGGUUUUGGGGGGGAGUUACCAGAUCCUAUACACAGAACAAGGAGCAAUUACAGCUGUAAAUGCUUUCCUCAUAUUGGGAGUAAUUAACGCUACUCUGGGAACAGUUCAGCAAAGUUUUAAAGUUUCUUUUGUUCAGGAUGGAACCUUCCCAUCUCUUCUCAGUGGAAACCCUGGCUAUAUAGUUGGAUUACCAGUCAUUGCUGGCUUUAAGGAACCACAAUCAGGCAUUAUUCAGAACACAAACAGGUUUGCCCAACUAACUAUUCUACGAAGCUCAGCUGGCCAAAACUGUCUAACAGAAGAAGGCAACAGGGCAGCAGUGCUGUUUGGGUACAACAUGGUAUCCGGCUGUAAACUGCAGUAUCCUGUACCAUGUCAAGUUGCAGCAACUGCCAUCUUGAAUGUGCUGAGAGGGCAACAGUUUCCCGAGUAUGUGGCAUCCUUUGGGAAUUCUCAGCCACAGAAUGUUCUGGACUGGGUACCAAUUACUGUUGUCACUUCUACAUUACCACAAAGCGCAACGGCUGAUUGCAAAAUCCCAGUUUCAUUAGACUUAGAAGUGAGAUGGACAAAAUAUGGAUCUCUGGUAAAUCCUCAAGCUCAGAUUGUUAAUGUUACGGAAAAGAUAACAUAUGCUUUUGUCCAGAAUACUAAUUCAGGAAGUGGAAAUGUGCUGCAAAUCUCUACCUCGGUCACCUUCCUCGAUGUGUCUGCGCCUGCACAACCUGGUUACAAAGCUCCCCCAACCAUUGAUGCCACACUGCCCUUUGAUUUCUUCCGCCCUUUUGUAUAAAAUGAGUCAGGCUUUUGAUAUCUGAAGCACCUACCAAGAACUGAUACACUGGACUGCAAGAUUCACAUUUUUGUUUUGUUUUAACAAUUUUUUAAAAACUUCUGUAAAUGUGUAAAAAUGAAUGUAUUUAUCUACUUUUGUAAUAAAGAUGAUUACUGAUAUUUAA